AUGGAGUGGACACCACACAUCGAGGUGAUCCCCUGCAAGAUCUGCGGGGACAAAUCCUCGGGGGUGCACUAUGGAGUCAUCACCUGCGAGGGCUGCAAGGGCUUUUUCCGCCGCAGCGAGCGGAGCCGCCUGAGCUUCGCCUGCAGCCGCGGCCAGAACUGCGCCAUCGACCGCAGCUCCCGCACGCGCUGCCCGCACUGCCGCCUGCAGAAGUGCCUGCGCCUGGGCAUGUCCCGCAGCGCCGUCAAGUUCGGUCGCAUGUCCAAGUCGCAGCGGGACCGCCUGCAGCUGGAGGUGCAGCAGCAGCUGGAGCAGCGCCAGCAGGCGGCCGAGGGCACGCAGCUUACCCCUGGGGGGCUGCCAGGCUGCCACCCGCACCCCCUCAGCCCCCCCGGCACCCAGCGGUGUCCUGGCACCCGGCACGGCGGCACCGGGGCCAGGGUUGGUCCCACGGUGGAGAUGGAGCUGGGGCGGCUGGAGGGGACCAAGAGGGACACAAAUGGGGACAGGGACAGGAGAGACUGCACCCCCCAGCCUGGUGCCAGCGUCCUUCUGGAGCCACCCACAGCCUGUGGUGUGGAGAUUGAGAGCCUGACCCAGAACGUCCUCAAGUCCUACUUGGAGACCUGUGCCCUGCGCACCGAGGAGCUGCAGCGGCGCCGCUGGGACACCUUCUCCAGCCAGGAGGUCUGUGCCUACCAGCGCCAGUCCAUGGCGCAGAUGUGGCAGCGCUGUGCCGGGCGCCUGACCGAGGCCAUCCAGCGCGUGGUGGAGUUCGCCAAGCGCCUGCAGGGCUUCAUGGACCUCUGCCAGCACGACCAGAUCGUGCUCCUCAAGGCCGGUGCCAUGGAGGUGGUGCUGGUGGGCAUGUGCCGAGCCUUCAACGCCGAGAACCGGACGGUCUUCUUCGAGGGCAAGUACGGCGGCGCUGAGCUGUUCCGGGCACUGGGCUGCCACGAUCUGAUCAGCUCCAUCUUCGACUUCGCCCAGAGCCUCUGCGCCCUGCACUGCUCCGACAGCGAAGUGGCCUUCCUCUGCGCCCUCGUCCUCCUCAACGCCAGCCGCCCGUGGCUGCAGGAGCAGGCGAAGGUCGCAGCGCUGCAGGGACACCUGGAGGUGGCCUUCAGGCUGCUGCUGCGCCGGACGCAGCGGGAGGGGCUGCUGGCUAGGCUGCCCCCGGCAGGGCGGCUCCGGGCACUCUGCUCCCAGCACCUGGAGCAGCUCCAGGCCUUCCACCGCCUGCACCCGGGGCUGCUGCCAGCUGCCUUCCCCCCGCUCUACCGAGAGCUCUUCACCGACACCGAGCCCCCUGCCGGCGCCCGCUGAGCCCCCAGCGCCCGCCCGCGGCUGGCACCGUCCGUGGAGGAGCCAACGCCCAGGGGUGCUGCAGCACCUGGAGAUG